AAUUUCACUCACUAAUUCUACCUUCUUUAUUAUUCUCUUCCCGCAUAUUUCUGACCUUGCAACAGGCUUCUGGCUCGACUGAACUCAUUUUUUCAAUGACGAACCAUUUGUUUUCUUGCAUUCAUACCUUACUAGUAAAGAGUAAGGAGUGUAUUUUCCUCAGAAUUGCUGGCUUUUCUUCUGAACUCUUGUUGAUGGUCAUAAAGAAUGCUAUUUGGGCUAUUUUUAUGUGCAUUCUUGCUUUAGGAGGAGCUACGGUAGGGAUAGUGACAGGAGCAAUCAAAGGACAAACAACAGAAACAGGGCUUCUUCGAGGGGCUGGUGUUGGUGCUGUUACCGGAGCUGUUACAACUGUCCAAUUAGUCGAACUUAUACUUAACGGAGAACCAUUUUCUAAGGUUGCACUUGUAUGUAGUCUAGUAAAUGGAAAGGUAUUCAUGGAGUGGGUGAGUCCAGCAGUUCUCAAGGCUUAUCAGUGGCAAGUUAGUACUGUGGAGUCAAGUCUGAGGGAAAUAUCUGACAUCUUUGAUAUUAAUGCAACCAAAGGGUUAUCUCAAGAGGUCAUAAAGAAUCUGCCAAAGUACAAUUUCUAUUCAGUGAAUAACUGUGGAGAAUCUCAAGAGGUCACUUGUGCAAUUUGCCUGCAGGAUUUCAAGAAUGGGGACUCUGCAAGGGUGCUACCAAGUUGCAAACAUUCCUUCCACACACAAUGCAUAGAUGAGUGGCUAAUCAGACAUGGAAGCUGCCCAAUUUGUAGAGUAGAAAUUUGAUUGUUGUAUGCUUUUACUGGGGGAGGUAAAAGCAAUCUGAGGAACAACUUAGAUUAAUUAAUACUACUAAAUUCUAAAAGGAGAGAAAAUGCUGCAGUUGUUUCUGCUAAGCAACUUGCUUACAAAAUGUAAAUUGUUGAUCCAUCAUAACUUGCAAAAUGAAUGGAACCAAUGUUCUUCCAUUUAAAAAACUACUGUUGUUGAGCAAAACCAUUGUAAGUUAUUAGCUCCCCCUUCCCACUAUAUGUACAUUGGGUGUUAACUUUUCCCUUCAUUUUCUCA